GAGCUAUCACCUCCGUAACGUCAUCUUAAAGCAUCGAGAGAGAGAGAGAGAGAGAGAGAGAGAGAUGGUAUUGUCUCGGUUGAUAUGUGAUGUUUGCUUUGAUGGUGUAGGGGAAGACAAUUCUGAUUGUAUUUAAUUAUAGAUCAAAUUAUCAAAUAUCUGACUGAGACCUUGACGGUCGUAUGAGGUCUUCGCUCGUAGGGCUUUUACAUCUGCGAGAUGGUCUAUCAUUAUGUCUGUUUACGGUGAUGGUGUUGUAUGGUAGAUUGUACUUCUGGGCGUCCGAGAACAACAUCCCGAGUACCGAUUGGAUUCAUUGCGAGACCUGCAGGGCUAGAAUGAAAGGUUCCGUGUUAUUGCACAUAGUAUGAAGCCUGGUCCUGUCAGUAUUAGAG